AUGGUUUAUUCAAGGACCGUGGAUCAAGUGGGAGCCGAUACUGUAAGGAUUGACUCAACAGGACACGAAAAAUCGAAUUUUACCGUUGUCCUCUCUGUGACGGCCGCUGGAGAGAAAUUAAGACCGAUGAUCAUAUUCAAGAAAAAGAGGAUUCCCAAGGAUAAUUUCCCUCCUGAAGUGGUAGUUAGAGCCAAUGAUAAAGGCUGGAUGAAUCACGAACUGAUGAGGACAUGGCUCCAUGAGGUGUGGGACAAACGGAAAUGCUAUGUCAACAAUCCCUCGCAGUCAUUACUCAUAUUAGAUUCUGCAAGGUGCCAUCUCACAGAAGACGUCCGAGAGCUUUUCAAGGAGCACUCAAAGAUCGCGGUCAUUCCAGGCGGAAUGACCAAAUAUCUACAGCCUCUCGACGCCGGCAUCAACAAGCCCUUCAAAGACAAUCUGAGGGCGGGAUGGGAGCGAUGGAUGGCCGAUUCAGCACGAGCAAGAGACUAUAUGCAUACUUCUAGCCAGCCCUCAGAACAGUACAAGGGUUUCGCUACUCAUGUGAUGUGUGUGACUCUCUUGUGA